UACCAGUCUUAUUUGGACGCUUACCGAAAUCACAAGCCAGUCUUCUUUAAUGACUGUCUUUUCUCUAUAAAGCCACCGUGCAGGAAGAGCAAAUACUCAGUUGAUCCGUGCUCAGUGUUGUGUGAUUCUUGUGCGCAUAGAGAAGUAUUUGAUCUGCUAAAAGAUCAGAUAAAAUGUAGAAUUCUUCAUAGAUUUUUACUUAAAAUCACUGCCUCAAUAAAAAUAAAUACUGCGAAAUUACGCGCCUCUAAAACGAUUUUUUUUUAUCAAAUUUACUUUGCAAUGACCCGAAAAGUUCUUGUGUGAUUCUUUUUAUUCAUCUUUUUUUUGUGUUUUGUGCUGCUGAAAUAAAAAGUUGUGAACACUCUGUUAUGCUGCUGAAAAGAGAUAUCACAGUAUUUCUGAUCAUCUCUUCAAGAUCUUAAAUCAUAAGUGAUUUUGUAAAUUUGAAAAAUUUAAAUAAUUUUAGUGAAAUAGUGCUCUCUAUAGGCGUUACUUUUACAAAAUGACCAUCUUAAGUCUCUUGCCGAUGAUAUUUUGUUUCGCAAACAUCGUUUAUUCGUGGGAUGAUUUCAACUAUUACGACCAUUAUUCGGAUUAUUACCAAAAUCCGCGAUCUUUUCGGCGGUACAACAGCCGAGAGGAUGAUCUCUUCGAAAGACCGUGCCAAUGCAUUAAAUUAAAAUACUGCCAAUCAUUCAUAGACAUCCUCUCACGUACCUCAACCACAAAUAUAUCCCCCGUUCUUGCCCAGAAAUUCCGCAAAGCUUCUUGUGGCUUCCGGAAUGCCGAACCAAUAGUUUGUUGCCCUAUAACAACUUCCCGAUUUAACCGGAGGAACAGCAAUAAACGCGAUCAAGGGACAACAACAGAAGAAGUCUGGGUUUGGGACGUAGAGAAAGAAUCCAGUGACUCAAGCAAGGAAGGAGGAUUCGGAAACUGGGGAAGUCCUCAAAAUCGUUUCGAUCCCAAUAACUUUCACCACAAUCAUCGUUACUACGACUAUGAUAGAAAACCAGGAAGAAGGAGAAACAAUUUUCAUCCCCAUUUUGAAGAUCCCAGCACUAAGAAAAACUGCCCUCCGGGAUUUUCCAGAGAGUUUGAUCUCCCUGAAACCAUAAAACCAAUUACUCCUUCAAUCGACAUUUCUAGAACAUCCUCAAGCUCCUCAGAAACAACUACAACGGAAAACCCUGUUGAUUCCAAACUGUCCCUUAUCAAUUCCGAAUUGUGUGGAAUAUCUGUUAAUACUAGGAUUAUUGGAGGCGAAGAUGCAGGUCCUGGACAAUUUCCCUGGAUGGCAAGAUUAGCCUACAGAAAUCUAACUUCUGGACGUGUUACUUAUCGUUGUUCUGGGUCGGUAAUAUCCGACAGGUACAUUGUGACGGCAGCCCAUUGUGUCCGAAAUCUAAUUGAUGAUCUCCAGGUCGUUAUGGUUCGCUUGGGUGAAUUAGAUACGCGGUCAGAUAUUGAUUGCGAUUCGCAGACAAGAUGUUCACAGGCACAAGAUUUUGAAAUUGAAAGAAUAAUUCCUCAUUCAAUGUACGAUACACCAAAAUAUGCAAAUGAUAUUGCUCUUAUUCGACUGAGAAGACGCACAAAUUCAUCUUUCAUCAGUCCCCUAUGCCUUCCCACGGGACAAUAUUCUUCAGUAGCGCAAAAUGCUGGAACAAGGGCAAUUAUUGCUGGCUGGGGAUCGAUGACCGCAGCAAGUAAUACUCCAAGUCCAAUGCUGCAGUGGGUGAGAUUGCCAAUAGUUGACAACACCGGCUGUGCUGAAGCAUAUCAACGCUUCAGUGCCAAUUCCCGGACUCCCAUCAUCGUAUCUCAGUCACAGAUGUGUGUCCAAGGCAGAGAGAAUAUGGAUGCAUGUCAAGGUGACAGCGGAGGACCAUUAAUGAGCGAAGGUGUCCCAGGAAAUGAGCGAUAUACACUACUCGGCUUGGUGUCCUUUGGCCCUAGAACUUGCGGAAUAUCAAACUUCCCCGGAGUUUACACAAGAAUAUCCGCAUAUAUUGAUUGGAUAAUGGAAAAUAUAGAAGUUUGAUGUACUUUCUGCUAAUAUUUUCUAGUGGCGCCAGACUCUUAAAAAAAAUGUGAUGAAGAUUUUGUGAAUAAAUCUACCUCAAACCUGUAAAUAGAUAACUAGAAUAAAUCCAGUAGUUUAAUUUGUAGUUUAACACUCAAGUUAUAUUAUUUAUAUUGUAAUACAAAUACAAGUAGAAGUCAAAAGAAACGACUUUGCAAAUGUAGUUAAAUUUAGGGUACUUUUUUUAUACAAAAACAGUUAGGUAUUUUAAUAAAAUUAGUGUAAGGCCAAGUAUCAGAAAAAAUGCAAAUUGAAGAAAUAAAUCAAAUUAAUUGGUUAUAUACAGC